AAUAAAAUUUUCGAUUUAUAACAUUUAUUUGUAAUGUUUAUUAACAUUUCUGUUAAUUUGUGUUGUGAAACUGUGUAUUUUUUUAAUUAUGAAUCGAGAAAAACCAGUUUAUGAUGGAAAUUUAUUGUUUCCACCACAAGGAAAGAUUCUUAAGAAAUCUUGGCAAUCAAAAUAUUGUUUACUAUUCAAUGCAAGUAAAUUAGGCAUUGAACGGCUCGAAGUUUACGAUCACAUCGACGAUUAUCCAAAGCAUCCACCACACAAAAUCUACACGUUAGAAAAUUGUAUAAAAAUAUCACAAACUGACGUAAAUAUUUUUACAGUAAUAACAAAAACAUGGUGUCAAAAUUUUGGUACACAAAACCCUUUGGAAUUGACAAAAUGGAUUGCGGCAUUUCAAUCGGUGGCCUUCGAUAAAAUUGAUUCAUCACAAAAUCAAAGUAUUGUUGAAGACAACGAAUUAUACUCAUCAAGUGGAGCUGGUACUUUCACUGUGUUGUUAUGUCAAUCAGAAGCUUCGGAACGAUGUGGUUUAGAACCGAAAAUUUACACUUUAGUAAUAUCUUCAACAUCAACGAAACUAAAAGAUUUUGACACCGGAAAAACAUUAUUCACAUGGCCACAUCGUUACAUACGACGUUAUGGAUAUCGUGAUGGUAAAUUUACAUUUGAAGCUGGUCGAAAAUGUGAUUCUGGCGAGGGAAGUUUUCAUUUGAAGCAUGAGAAUCAACAAGAGAUAUUCCGAUGUUUAUCGUUAAAAAUGAAAUCAAUGAGAAAAAUGUUAUCAAAUGAUCCGAACGCCUCAACUUUCGAUUGUGCUGAUAAUCAAUUCCACGCUGCCUCAAAUAUGGAAGCACGAUCACGUAGUCCAAUUCCACUAUCUUCCCCAACUGGCAAAUCUCAUUUCAUGUUCACUGAUAAACCGCCAAAUGUAAAAAAUGUUAUUAAACCAAAACCAGCAAAACCGCCACGUAAACAUUUACCCUUAGCUCAACCGCAAAAUUUAGAUUACGAACUGAUUAGUCCUAAUUCUCCGAAUACAUUAGUCGACGAUUAUGCAAAAGUUGAAGUUCGUAACGAAGCAUGGAAAACUUUGGGUGUGGAUGAAGUGAGUCAUUCGGAAUCAAUUGAUUUAGAUUCCGAAUUGAAUGAAUUCCUUUCAAGUCCAUUUACGAAAUCUCAAGAGAGUUUACAGUUUGAACCUCAGCCAUUACCACCAGCUUCCAAAGUGAUUUCUACAACGAGUACCCUCAACAAUAGUGGGGAUGAUAGUUACGAUAAAUUACAAUUUUUUGGUUCGUCAACGAAACUUAACGAAGGAUAUAAUAAAAUAAUCGUGACUCCCAAAAAUGGUAGUGUUGAUACGACGCCUUGUUCUUCUAUAAACGAUUACGAAGAAGUAUCAGCGUUACAAAUUGAUAUGGAAGCGGUGCGUCUUGCAGAUGAUUCACAUUUAGGCUAUGGUAUGAUCAGAAAACAACAAAAUGUUACAAAAAUUUUACCUGAAGAAACUGUUUCACAUGAGGUUAUAAAUAAUACACCUUAUGCUAUUAUAAGUAAACCAAAAAGAGUCUAGUCUAAUUUUUUAUAAGAAAAUUUUGAAAAUUUUAAAAAAAGUAUUUUUUAAGAGUAUUAUUUUAGAAGCAUUUUAUUUCCAGUGGUGUCUCAUCUAGAUGUAAAUUUUUUGAUAAAAUCGUCAGGGCAUUUCGAUAGAUUUCGCGUGCGAAGUAAAUUUUUAAAAUUUUGUUUAAGUAAACUUGCAUCUUUAACGUUUCGGAUAACCACAAAUUUUGUUCUUGAUAAGAUCGUCAGAACAUUUUGAUAGCCACAAGCUUUGCCUUAAAUCUAACAAUAUGAACCCAUAUUUUUAUCAAAUUGCCAACUAUUGAAGACUUAUUUUAAAGUAGAAUCUCUAAACUAGUAACAAUCUUUUUAUCAGAGUCUGAGUUAGAUAAAGACACCACCUUUUUUUUAUAAAGUAUUUCGUUUUUACGUUUUUUUAAAAGAUAUUUAAUUUUUAAGUAAUAUAAUUAAAGAACUCAUUUAAAGAUAAAGACAUUAAAAUAACUUCUUCUAAACUAUGAAAUAACGGAACUAUAUUUGUCCAGUGAGUUUGUUCAUGUUAUACAGUGUAUCCUACAAUUGACUACAGAACUCUACAUUUUAUCAAAACGAACGUAAAAGCUCUUUAUCAAAUUUCGAUCUAAGGCCUAAUUUUUGAGAUAUUAUAAGAAAUUUGAUUAUGAUAGGAAAAAUUAAAAAAUUCAUCCAUUCACAGCACUGAAAGUUAGUAAGCUUGUAAGUCGUGCACUUGUUUAUAUGGAGGAGGCUACCAAAAAACUUGAAAAAUAUUAUUGGGCAGUGAUUGAUUCUUGUUCAGAAAAGCUUAUCGAUUAAUAUUUCAGAUAAUGCUAGAAACUCUAUUGUUCCAAUUUUUCGCCCGUUCUUAUUCAGAAAAAUUACCUAAGUUCUGUAGGUAAUUAUA